GCUGGACCGCUCCGGACUCUCCUACACUCGACCGGACACUGUCUCACAGUGUUCCCCGCGCAGCGGACUCUCUGACCCCGCCGAAAGGCGCAGCCAUGACCGAGCCCGCAUUACGGCACCCGACGUCCCUCGCGCCCCUGCCUGGUCUCCCCAGCGCACAGGUACUCUACCCCCCACGGCGCCUAACCUCGUCUUGUACGGCAUAAAGCGCCCACCUUUGCUCGACCCUCUUCUUUUCUCCUCCGGUUAUCGACCCGUCCCCCGCGUGCUUAUGUUUGUUCUUUUCCGCCCUGGGGAAUAUAUUAGUUUUAAAAAGACGUAGAUCAGUCGUGCAGCAUACUAAAAGUUAGCCACCGCUGUAAACUGGAUAAGACUUCGAGGAGCAACUUUGUGAAUGUAAAGCUCAAAGAACAGACCGAGAGGCGACUCGUAACGUACUUGGAUUACUUGGCGCAAAAAAAAGGUUUCAUUUCGAGUGUUUUGUCCCCAAGAAACUUGUGGGUGAUCCCCACACCGGGAAAGUUUUACUGCCUUUCACGGAAGUCUCGCGAAGGCGCAGGUCUCCGCGGUGGAUGAACUUCCCUUCACCUGUUCCCAGACCCUGGAGAAUACAGCUGUUAUGCCCUAACUCCGCUCCCCUCCUCCAGUGGAGUCUGCCCCGCCCAUACCCGUUACCAACCGCGCAACCACAGCCGCCGUUACAGCCGCUAGCGUUUGUUGGUCACGGUGGCACGCUCACCGCCGCUAACCGUGCGCUCCUCACCACCACACCUCCUUCUCAAAAGGAAGCUAUGCACGCCGCCGGUGCCAGCGGGAGCGUCCGCUGACCUCGUGACCUUUCCGUCCAUCCGUCGGAUUGCACAAGCUGUCAUAAAACGGAGCGGAUUCAACGGUGCUGACCCGGCGCGCGAUUUUUUUUUUUCCAAGGCGCACAGUGCGACUCGGACGUACCGAGCGGACAGACGCGGAGCGACGUCGUGUCGCGGCGCAGGGAGCAAUGUGGUCCUUUCUCUCCACGCUGGCUGUCUUGUGUAUCCAGAUGAUGCUGGUGAUGUGCAAUCCUCUGCAGGUGUUCGGAGUUGACGGUGUAAACUUCAGCGUGCACGUGGAGAAUCAGACUCGUGCACGAGACCCCAUGAGCCGUCGCCAGCCGCGCGUCUACCAGCUCUACAGCCGCACCAGCUGCAAGCACGUGCAGGUUCUGGGCCGCAAGAUCAGCGCCCGGGGCGAGGAUGGAGACAAAUUCGCCCAGCUCGUAGUGGAGACAGACACCUUUGGUAGCCAGGUGCGCAUCAGGGGGAAGGAGACCAACUACUACCUGUGCAUGAAUCGCAAAGGCAAACUAGUCGGAAAGAAGGCCAGCAAUCGUAGUUCAGAGUGCGUCUUUGUGGAGAUGGUGCUUGAGAACAACUACACGGCGCUAAUGUCCGCCCGCUACACGGGCUGGUACGUGGGCUUCACCAAGAGGGGGCGCCCUCGCCGCGGCCCGCACACACUCCUCAACCAGCAGGACGUUCACUUCAUGAAGCGGCUCCCCCCGGGCGAGCAGCCGGACCACACGCCGUUCCGGUUCACCACCGUCAGCAAGCGCAGCAAGAGGGUUCGAGCGGCGCGGCCGCGCUAGCACCCGCCGACCCGCUGUGGCACGCUGCCCCAGAGCCUAAGACUCCACUGUCUCUCUACAGGACCACGCCAAUGUUAUUUAAAACCAGGGCCCAGUCAAUAAAGAGACAGACCGAAAACUAUAGUCCUGCUUUUAGGACCUCGCUCACGACAACUACAGGGACCUGAUGCCAGUAGGACGUUCUACCCGGUGUGACUCGGUAACAGACAAUGCCAGCCGUGGAACGCUUUCUGUUCAAAGCAUCAGUUAUGUUGUACUGUGGUAUCCUCCAGCAAAGGGGAUCUAAACUGGAUCUAUCAGCUAUUAUACCAAAAAACAUUUGUUAAAAAGUGCUAUUAAGUACCAGAGCCCUGACAUAGCCUGGUGCUAGCAUCUUCAACCAAGCCCAACCUGACACGAGUGGUACCACUUACUGCAACGAGCUCUAGUCACUUUCUGUGGUCUAAGCAAGCAAAAAAUAAAGAAAAAAAUUAAUAUUUUUUAAAAAGCCAAUUGUAAAAACUAACAGCCCUCAGUGCAGUGUGCAGGGGGGACCCUGACCCAGUAGCCUACUAACCCAGCCAUUUGCUCCGGCCACUUCAUGAGAGGGGAUUUCUCCAUCCCACAGAACAGGGAAAAACAUUCCUGUAAAACUAGACUGGAUCUUGGCUGAGAGAGGAGAACAGAUCCCUCUGGAAUCCUGUAGAGGGUGUUAAGAAGGGGAGUGAGGGACUGAACUGAGGAACUUUACAGGACUAUGGGGUGGAGAAUAGGAGAGGCUACAACUGCAAUCUCCCUUACCUGAAAGCUAUUAUGAAUUUAAGACUGGGUGUGUGCAUGAGAAAGAACGUUUCAAGUUGCACCAAAGACCAUAAUGGAUGCUACCACGGCUGUCUUUGCAGAAUACCUUUGCGUAGGUGACCUUGAGAGAGAGAGAGAGAGAAAGAAAAAAAAAAGAAAAAAAAACAACAAAAAAACACCUACCUUUGGCUGGAAGAACCUACUAAAACUGGAAUGUAAUGGUAAAAUAAAAUAAAUUAAUUUAAAAAAAAAAAAAAAAAAAAAAAAAA